GCUGGCUGGGGCCUGGCUCUCCGAGAGCCGGGAGCAGCGCGGAUGGAGGCGGCGGGCAGCGGGGGAGCGGCGGCGGCGGCGGGGGGCGGCAUCGCCCUGCACGACUUCAGCGGGCGGCUGGGCGAGCAGCAGGUGCACUUCCACGCCAUGCGGCUGCGGGACUCGCUCUUCCUCUGGGUGGGCGCCGCGCCCACCCUCGCCAGCCUGGCCGUCGCCAUGUGCAACCCCCGAGACAGCGUCCCGGUGGCCGCCUCGCUCCUGGGAGACCCCUCCGACCCCGCCUCUGCCUCCCUGGCCCAGCGGUUGGCCAGCAAGACCAAAAAACAGAUAUUUGUCAGCUACAAUCUUCAAAACACAGACAGCAGUUUCACCUUACUCAUAGAAAACAGGAUCAAAGAAGAAAUGAUGGCUUUUCCAGAGAAGUUCUGACUUUCCAUCAUUGUAAAAUAGCAUGAGUUUUUGUUUUAGAAAAACUGAUUCCAGUUUUCACACUGAUACUGAGUGUAUUUGGUUUGUAUUGUUUUGAUUGAAUUUGCAGUUGUUCUUAAUUAUAGCUGAACCUAAAUACAGUUUGGUUUGAAUUGUUAUUUAUUUUUUUUCCAAAUUUGCUACCCUGGUAAGUAGAGGAUAGACAAGUAGAUUACAAAACAUGCUGCAAAGUGAGAACAUCAUUGUAAGAGUGUAUGGCCUGCAUGCAAUAGAGGGACCUGCUGGGAAAUCUGUUCCAAAUUCUACCUGUAUAAUUAUUCUACUAUGUACGAGUAUUGAACAUAGUAUAGCAGCUUUUAAUGUUCAAAUAAAAAAAAGCACAUACCAUGGUUUUAGUACUGAAAA